GAUUUGUACUCUAACAUCCAGAAUAACAGUCGGAGAAUCUAGACUUUUAACAAUUUUGAUUGAAUAGAAUUAUUAACUAAUUAUUUACCGGUACUCACUUGAAUAUCGCUUCAUUUAGAGGUCGUCUAACGUUACUCUUAAACUGCACAACAGAGAGCCGGGGGUGAGCGAACAGUCGCUAAGCAUGUAACAUUAACUCAAGUCAUAGUCCAGAGCCACGCAACUUGAGCUCGGGCUAAUUAUCAGACAUGUAGUUUAGAGAUGCUGUCAUCACAUCAUUGCACUUGCAAUGGGCUGCAUAGCGUCGAUCUGUAGAUGUUGACACAUCUGGAGCUGUAAUUGGCUGAGGGAAGAUGCAACAGGUCCCGUACGGAUCUGUGGAUCGAGACAAGCCUCUCAUCCGUAUGCCAUUCACCCGGUUAGCGGUGAUCACAGUGUGUCUGCCUCUGCUCGGCCUCGUCGCCUGUAUCGUGCUGGCUCUGCUCUACCACUACAAUGGUGCGACCUACACACACUGCCAGGUUCCUAACUACCUCCCAUCCAUCAGCGCAGCCAUCAGUCUGACACCGGAGCGCUACAUCUGGCGUUUCAGCAUCGGCCUGCAUUCUGCUCCACGCUUUCUGGUAGCAGCAGCGUAUUUGAGCUUUUACCGCGGACGCUUUUCCAGGAGGCUGACGGAGCAGCUUUUGAGUGUUCUCACAUUCCUCUUAGCUUUAAGUGAAAAUGUAGGACUGCUUCUGCUCACCUACGUCUCCUCCAAUGAGACCUACAGUGUCCAUAAGAGCGGCUUCAUCUUGUUUAUUGGCAGCUCCCUGUUCCACAUGAUGUGCACCUGCAAGCUGUGGUCCAUGAUUGCGAAGUAUUCCCUCAGUGCAGAGGAGAUGAUGUCAUACCGCCAGAAGCUCCGCCUCUUCCUCUUCAACGGUUUCUUCUGUCUGUUGGCUGCUUACUUCUACAAGCGGCACAACACAUACUGUGAAGCAGGAAUUUACACAUUCUUUGCUCUGUGUGAGUAUCUGGUGGUGCUGUCCAACAUGGCCUUCCACAUGACUGCCUACUGGGACUUUGGAGGUAAGGAGGUGAUGGUUGCAACACCUCCAGAGGGAAAGCGCUUCUGACACAGGAAGUGAAUGCUUGCAUCAUCUCCUUGAAACUUGAGACACUAGGGCUCUGAUGGCGGCACUCAUGCUGAUUUAGGGUCGACACUGAUUGAGCGAAGACUCUUCACAUCUUCACAUAUAGUGUUUUUAACUCAGUUACUUCAAAAAUUCAAUACAGGUGUUUGAAAGAUCAUUGUCAGUGCUGUGCUACAUUUUGAACGGUUACAUUGUUUAUGGAAUUCAUUACUUCAAAUAAAUUUCUUUUACUUAGGCAUGGCACUUCGCAUUUUGAUUUAAAAUGAUCUCUUUCUAAUUGGUUUGUCAGGGUCAUGCAUUGGUUUCACUCGAAACGAUGUGAAGUUUAAAAUAUUUGCUUAUUAUUUGUCACUCUGAGGAGAGAUGAUGGGCUUUGAUGUCAUGUCGGUUGGCUUGCAGCUGCUGUUUCACAAGUGCCGCAUUGAGCUUAUACACACUGACUGCUCACGCUACUGAAGGAGUUCAGUCACACCAGACAUUUCUCUCUUCCUUUGUAAACGCUAAUGUAAAUCAUGUGAAAAGUCAUUUUAAACUGCCUUUUGCACAGCGUUUCUUGUGUACCUUUAGUGGCUAGAGAGCAUUGUUAAGUUUGUACAUAUUCCUGCGGUGAUCGUGAACAACAGUGGCCCUUAGGACGCAUUUCAAAUAUGAUGUUGCCAUUGGUUGAAUGAGAGAACUGGUACAGUGCAAUACGACAUAGACUCUUUUCAUAGAUCAACAUGAUGUUGUGAACAUGAUUGCAUAAUGCUUUUUAUGAUGUACCAAAAUACUGUUUUUAAAUUGGUGUCAAAUAAAUAUUUGGAUGAAAAGUAAGUGGAUCAUUUCUGAGAUUAGCACAUGCAUAUUUACUGGAUAUAUUGGUACUCUAUUCAUUAAUGGCUGAUGUUAAAGAUUUUUUAUUUAUUGGUAUUGGAUUAAUUCUUUUUGAAGGUUUAUUUUGUAACACUUUAUUUUAAGGAGUAAUUAUCUGAUUAAGUACUUGGUAGUAGCCGUUGUACUUACAUGAAAGUAAAUGUA